GUGCCGGCCCGCCGCCCCUGUGCCACACACAGCAUGGCGGAGCGGCUGCCGCCGCGCCGCCGUCAAGCGAGAGUGCCCGUAAAGGGAGCCUCGGCUGCGCGACAGCGAGCGGCGGCGGGCGGGGCAUAGUAAAGCAGUGAAGAGAAACUGAAGUAACUAUUUCAUGCCUUACUCAUUAGAAAACUGUUUCUGAAGUAUUUGGGCAAACUACAUAUAUAUGUAGUAAAAUCUACAAAGGUUGAAGGUGUGGAGAGCAUGGGUUAUGAUAUUGAGCGCUUCGUGGGCUAUGUUAAUGAAGGGCUGUUGUGCUCCAUCUGCCGAGAUGUGUUAGAAGAUCCACUGCAGGCUCCUUGCGAGCACGCUUUCUGCACUGCCUGUAUCCAUGGGUGGCUUGUUCAUCACAGUAACUGCCCUGAAGACAGACAAGUCAUUGAUGUGUCUUUGCUACGACCUCUCUACAGAUAUAUGAAAAAUGAUUUAAACCGUCUUCAGCUACAUUGCAGAAACAGAGAGUAUGGCUGUGAAAUGGUUUGUUCUCUGGAGUCCAUAGACAGGCACGAAAGGGAGUGUGAGUACAGUCAGAUACCUUGCUCCAAUGCUGGUUGUACCAUGCAGAUUGAGCGGCGUAACUUGGACGGGCACCUGGCGGUGUGCGAGUACCGGAGCCGGGAGUGCCCCAACGGCUGUGGCUACACCAUCCUCAGCGCAGAGGACACGCAGCACAACUGUGUGGCAGAGCUAAGGACCGAGCUGGAACUGCUUCGGUCAGAAAUGAUCUGCAGAGUGGAGGAGGCAAAACAUGAGAUGGAGUCAAGGUUAGAUUCACAGAGAAGGCAUAUGGUCCAAAAAGAGAGUAUUCUACAAAAUGAAAUUGAAGAACUGAAGAGUCAGAUGUCAAGAAUGAUGUCAGAUGUGCGGUCUCUGAUGGCUGCGGAGAGACAGCACCGUCAAGAGCUGGAGCAGGCAGAGCUGGAAAAACGGGAGUUAAUGGAGCUGCUGAGGGGGCUGCAGAAGGACUGUAGAUUAACUACCUCAGAGGGAAGCAGGAAGUCAAACUUCCGUCCUUUGACACGACUAGAGAGUGUAAAAAGAAAACCUAGGGAAGUUACAGUUAUCUAAAUAGUACUAAGCUCAAAAAGCAUUUUCUUCAAAUACUGGCUUCUAGCAAACUACUUUCUUUGAAUGACUGCUAAACUUUUUAUAAUUUCUGAUUUACUUGUUUUCUUUUAAAUUCUGAAUUACAACUGUGUUUCCUUUGGGGCCAUAAAAACAGAAGAUUUUUUUUUCUGAGGGAAUACUGGUCAUUAAAAAUAGUAAUUGGAAGGCAUAUUUUUAGCUAAUGUUUUUAUAAAAAAGGGAAGGAGACUUAAUUUAUUCUCUCGUUACUGCAUCACUUACAGGAAUCUUUCAAGACUGAAAGCUACAGCUUUUUAAAGUUAAAAAAUCAGACUAUUACGGACCAGGACAAAAAAAAAUUUAAGUAUCUCUGUUUCAAACAAAAAAGCAAAUGUGACUACUUGGGAUGUACUUAAUUUGGGGAAAAGUGAAUAGUAGAAUUAGUAAGUCAGUAAUAGAAAUUAAUAAGAUUUUGUUGUUUGUAGUCUGUAGAAGGUCUCAUUUCAAAGGUGGAAAGCAAGCACUUUAAAUUGUAAUUCUUCUGCUGUAUAACAGCUUCAGGUGAGGUUGGCUGUUGAUUAGGGCUUCUUCUCAUUUCCCAGGCUGAUACACACUUAAGAGACUAAUACUAAAGCCUGAGGUAGUAGAAUAAUCUACUAUGUGUGAAUAGCUUUGAGUUUGUGGGAAUGGAUCUGCUUCUUAUUUAAAAAUUUGAAGCUUUUAUAUGUGAAAGUAUCAGGUAUUUCUACAGGAUCUUUUAAGCAUAAGACUAGUCCAUUUGGUACUUGAUAUCUUUAUAAAGUAUAUAUAAAAACAUAGAGUAUCCUUAAUUUUCUUGUGGCAGGUUUAAGGCUACUUGGUGUGCACAGGAGAUGAAUAUUUGCACAGUCACUUGGGCUUCAGACAUCUGUGCUAGUGCUCAAGCAGGCUGCAGGGAGUGCCAGAGCCUGGCACUGGCAUCAGAGGAUAGCAGAUCACCUGUGUGAGUGCAGGUAGGUCAGUGAUCUGCUCUGCUUAGCAGUACAACUCAGAGGGGAGGUGGGAGGGUUAAGGGAGGUUGGAGCAUCUGUGAAAGAGAUUGACUGUUAGAGCCACUCUCUACCUCCCCUGAGGAAAAUAUACCAGUCAAAUGCACCUCAGAAAGUGGAGGAUCACUAGAGAUGGACCUAGGGUGGCAGGUCUGUGAUGUGGGCAAAACCGUUGUCCCGGCUAAAGUGCAUCUACACCAAUGCACCGUGCGGGCAGCGAGCAGGAGGAGCUGGAAGCCGUUGUUCAGCAGGAAGGUUUUGAUGUUGUCACCAUCACGGAGACCUGGUGGGAUGACUCUCAUCAUGGGAGUGCUGCAGUGGCUGGAUAUAAGCUCUUUAGAAGAGAUAGGCAAAGCAGAGAGGUGGUUGGAUAGCACUGUACAAUAGGGAGUUUCUUGAUUGUGUUGAUAAUGAAGAUGACAAGGUUGAGUGCCUCUGGGUAAGGAUCACGGGGAAGGUCAGCCGGGCAGACGUCAUGGUGGGAGCCCGUUAGAGACCACCCAGCCAGGAACAGGCUGAUGAGGUCUUCUACAAGCAGCUGGCAGAGGCAUCACAAUCACCAGCCUUUGUUCUCAUGGGAACCUUCAACUUGCCAGAUGUCUGCUGGAAAUAUAGCAGGGAGGAAGCAGCCUAGAGGAUUCCUGGAAUGUGUGGAAGACACCUUUCUAACUAACAACUGGUAAGUGAGCCUAACAGAGGAGGGGCCCUGUUUGUGGGCAGAGAAAGACCACUGGGUGAUGUGGUGGUCAGUGGCCAUCUUGAGCAGAGUGACCAAGAAUUGUUAGGGUUUUCUAUUCUGGGUGAAGUAAGGAGGGACACCAGUGGGACUUCUUUCUUGGACUUUGGUGAGUAGACUGUGGCCUGUUUAGGACACUGAUUGACCAAGUCACUUGGAAGUCAGUCCUGAAGGGCAAAGGAGUCCAGGAAGGCUGGAUGUGCUUUAAAAGCUCGCAGCCCAUGGCUUGGACAGGAGCACUCUUGGCUGGGUUAAGAAUUGGCUGCAUGGCCGGCCUCAGAGAGUGGUGGUGAAUGGUGCUGCAUCCAGCUGGAGGCCAGGCACCAGUGGUGUCCCUCAGGGGUCUGUACUGGGGCCAGCUCUGUUCAAUAUUUUUAUUGGCAACAUGGAUUAGGGUAUUGAAUCUUUCAUUAGUAAAUCUGUGGACAUCACUAAGCUGGAAGAGUAUGUUGAUCUGUUGGAAGGUAGGAUGGCUCUGCAAAGAGACCUGGAAUGGCUGGAAAGAUGGGCAGAGUCCAGUAGGAUGAAGUUUGGUAAGUCCAAGUGCCAAGUCCCGCACUUUGGCCACAAUAACCCCCUGCAGCGUUAUAGGCUGGGGACGGUGUGGCUGGACAGUGCCCAGGAGGAAAGGGACCUGGGGGCACUGGUGACAGCAGCUGAACAUGAGCCAGCAGUGUGCCCAGGUGGCCAAGAGGGCCAAUGGCAUCCUGGCCUGGAUCAGGAAUGGUGUGGCCACAGGAGCAGGGAGGUCAUUCUUCCCCUGUACUCAGCACUGGUGAGGCCACACCUCGUGUGCUGUGUCCAGUUCUGGGCCCUCAGUUUAGGAAGGACAUGGAGAUGCUUGAGUGCAUCCAGAGGAGGCAACGAGGCUGGUGAGGAGCUUGGAACACAAACCUUGUGAAGAACGACUGAGGGAGCUGGGGUUGUUUAGCCUGGAGAAAAUGAGACUCAGAGGUGACCUUAUCACUCUCUACAACUUCCUGAAGGGUGGCUGUGGUCAGCUGGGGGUUGGUCUCUUUCUCCAGGCAGCAGCUGACAGAAGGAGAGGACACAGUCCCAGGCUGCAUCAAGGGAAAUAUAGGUUGGAUAUUAGGAAAAAGAUUUUUACAGAAAGGGUGAUACAAUACUGGAUUGGUUUGCCCAGGGAGGUGGUGGAGUCACCAUCCCUGGGUGUGUUUAAAAAAAGACUGGAUGUGGCACUCGCUGCCAUUUUCUAGUUGUGGUGUUAGGGCUGGGUUGGACUCGAUGAUCUUGAAGGUCUCUUCCUACCUAGACAUUCUGUGUGAAAUUCUGUGUGAAAAAGGAAUUGUUAAAUAUGCUGGAACAGACUGUCCCCAUGUGUAGAAAGACGUCAGGAAAAAACAGAGAACUUAAGCUGGAACAUAGAGGGAAAAGAGAAUAUAUCACCUUUGGAGGGAGGAUCAGGUAACUUGGGAGGACUAUAAGGAUGUCACAAGGUCAUGUAGGAAGAAGAUUAAAAGGAACAAAACCCAACUAGAACUUGCUUUGGCUGCUGCAGUUAAAGACAAAAAAAGAAGCUUCUAUAAAUAUGUUGACAGCAAAAGAAGGGUCAAGGAGUGUCUCCAUCAUUAGUUGAAUCCAGAGGGUGGUGUAGUGACAGAGUUGAGGAAAAGGCAGAGGUUCUUAAUGCCUUCUUUGCCUCAGUUUUCAGUAUCAGGAUCAGUUGUCCUCAGGAUACCCAGCUCCCUGAUAUGGAAGUUGUUGAUGGGCAGAGUGAAGCCCCCAUAGUCAAAGACAAGAUGGUUAGUGACCUGCUGUGCCAGUUAGACACUCACAGGUCUAUGGGCCCUGAUGUGAUCCACCCCAAAGUAAUGAGGGAACUGGCAGAAAUAUUUGCCAAAACACUGUCAAUCAUCUAUCAGCAGUCAUACUUAACUAGAGAAGUUCCAGCUGACUGGAGAUCAGCAGAUGUAACACCCAUCUACAAGAAUGGUUGGAAGAAUGAUCUGGGGAGCUACAGGCCAGUCAGCCUGACCUCAGCUCUGGGCAAGGUUCUGGAAGAGAUCAUCCCGAGUGCCAUUACGUGGUACAUGCAGCACACCCAAGGGAUCAACCCCAGACAACAGAUUUAGGAAAGGCAGAUCCUGCUUGACUGAUCUGAUCUCCUAUGACUAAGUGGCCUGCUGAGAAGAUGAAGGAAAGGCUGUGGAUGUUGUCUACCUAGGCUUCAGUAGAGCAUUUCACACCAUCUUCCACAAUGUCCUCCUGGAAAACUGGCUACUUGGGACUUGGAUGGGUGAAUUCUCCAAUGGAUAAAAAGUUGGCUGGUUGUGAGGCCCAGAGAGUGGUGGGGAAUGGAGCUAAGUCCAGUUGGCAGCUGGAAACUAGUGGUAUUCCCCAGGGCUCCGUAUUUGGCAGUCCUGUUUAACACCAUUAUUAAUGAUCUGGACGUGGGGAUUGAGUGCCUGAGUAAAUUUGCAGACAGCACCAAGUUGGAUGGGAGUGUUGAUCUGCUCAAGGGUAGGAAGACUCUAGAGAGACAGACCUGGACAGACUCGGUCAAUGUGCCAAGGACAAUUGCAUGAGGUUCACUAAGUCAAAGUGCUGGCUCCUGCAUUUGGGUUGCAGCAACCCCAUUCAGUGCUGAGGGCAGAGUGGCUCAAGAGCCCUUCAGCAGAAAGGGACUUUGGUGUGCUGGUUGACAACUGGCUUAAUAAGAGCCAGUGUGUGCCCAGGUGGCCAAGGAGGACAAUGGCAUCCUGGCCUGUAUCAGAAAUAGUGUGGCAGUGAUUGUCUGUAUUUGGCAGUGGUGAGGCCACACCUCGAGUGCUGUGUCCAGUUUUGGCCCUUCACUUUAAAAAGGAAACUGAAAUGCUGAAGGGUGUCCAGCAAAGGGCAGCAAAGCUCAUGAAAAUAUCUAGAAAGCUUGUUUUGUGUGGAGCAGCUGAAAGAGCUGGGAUGGUUUAGUCUAGAGAAGAGGAGGCUCAGGGGAGACCUCUUCACUCUCUACAACUCCCUGAAAGGAGGAUGUAGCCAGGUGGGGGCUGGUCUCAACUUCUGUGUCUGCAGUGAGAGGACAAGAGGAUAUGGCCCUAAGCUCAGACAAGGGAUUUUCAGAUUAGAUGUUAGAAAAAAAGUUUUCACUGUUAGGGUGGUCAGGCAUUGGAAUAGGCUCACCAUCCCUGGAGGUGUUGCUGAGUUGUCAGGAUCUGGGGUUGAGCAAUGGUUUAGUGGUUUAGGGGUUACAGGGCUAGUUGUGGGUUGACAGUUGAACUCAGUCUCUUCCACCCUUGAUGAUUCUGUGAUUCAAAGUUUGCAACAGGAUUUUUUAACAGACUCACAAAUUAAGGAGGCAUUUAUCUGUAAGCACUGCAUGAGAAAUCUGUUCAGACUUUCUCCAAAAUUUUUACACAGCAGCCUGUUCAUGUUGUCUUCAGUGGUAUAACUAAGCCAUAUUCUCAGCUCAUCAGUGGACUAACUAUAGAGAUAACUGGCCUUCUGUUCAGAGAUAUCUGUUUACUGAAUGUGCUAAAUCAGUUUUGAAGGCUCAGGAAAAUGUAUGUGGGUUCAACAGCCCAAAUAUGUUUAUAGUUUGAAAAGCAACUGCAUUAGUGCGCAUGGCUUGCUGUCACUCAGAGCAAUGCUUUUAUAGCUAAUAGCAUAACCAAAGAGAGAGACAGCAGUCUUCUUUAGCACACAGUCUACAUUCUGAAGAUUUGUGGCCAGAGCUGUCUGAAUUUGGGGCAUUAAUAAAUCCUUCUAACUUGCUGUUUCUUUCUGCUCAGUACCACGGAGGCAGAUGAGCUCAUAUUCAGGUCUUAGUAUUUCAAAACUGGUCUUGUAUAUUUAAAAACUGACAUAAAUAGCUCUUCUGUAAAAACAGGGGUUUUGGGGGGGAAAAAACCUUCAUUCAAAGUAAUUGAGGGUAUUUGGGACACUAGCAAUCUCACCAAUUCUGUCGUAGCACAUCUCUUAAGCAGCCAUAUUUAAUAAUCUGAAGCAGUAAACCAGUAGCUAUAAUUUGGGAAGACCUUCAUUCACACUAAGUGUUCAGUGGUCAGUUCACUUACAUCAGUGUGUGUACUAAAGCAAUAGGUAGAAAGUAAGAAUGCUGUUACUCUGGUGUUUUAAACAAGCAAGCUGUGACUGUGCUCUGUGUGACAUUAUUGCAGCAUUCACGCUAAUUUUCAAGCUUUUUGGCAAUACCAGAUUUCAUGCUGUUAGAUUCAGCGCUUUUCUGUGAACUGUAACUGUGUGGUUGUGAUGUGACUUUGUCUACUUUGCCUAAUGUAAAGAAGAAAAUUACUUCAAAAUCCCUUAGAACUCAAUGAGCUGGAUCAUCUUUCCUGAGUCAGAGGGCAGUAAUGCAAUCUUUUCUGUCCUGACCACUGAAGAAAGCAAGUUGUUAACUCUGUGCAUUCCCCAUAAUGGGAUCUCUGCGUUCGUUUGCUUUAGAAACUUCACCCACACAUUUAUGAAUAAAUUCCUCCUAGUAUGGGAAAUAGGGUUUAUUUAAUGUUUGCUUAGCCUUUGGUCUGCUGUCUUUUGCCUAAGUGCUGGACUUGGAAGUGCAUGAGAAGACGUGUCCAAGGUGGUAAGGAAGGACUGUCUGCUGUGCAAUCAGGCUCUGACAGUCCGAACUUCCAGCCUGCAAAUGUGGCAACGCUUUGGGCCCACUGGCUGCUGGAAAGGGCUGUCAGUUUGGGUUUCUUCAGCAGCAAAGCACUUUCAGAGAUGUUUUAAACAUGCACACAGUAGCUAAUGGCAUCAGGUCCCUCUCGUGACUUUAAGCUUUAUGCCAUUCCUCUGCGUUGGUAACGGUUCUCCAGAUUUCCAUCUGCUAAUGAACCCCUCACAGGGUGGCAUUGCUGAAGUGUCAUCAUCAUUUGAUCUCUCUUACAGUUGACUAGACUGACAUUAAAUAGCCUGCUAUGGUAGUAUUUCAUCUACUUCUUGUUUUUCCAGCCUCAUGUAUUAUGCAGCUCUUAAUAGCAGUUGGCAGCAGCAAGGGAUUUUUUUUUUCUUUCUUUCAAAUAGUCUGUUAAUUCUGUUCUCAAAAACCAAGACUCCAAAUACUGUACUAGACUCAAAUAAGUUAAAGACAUUCACUUGGAAAUGCUACUUCCCUAGUCAUGAUCACAUUUUAGCAUUAUAUGAGACACUGCUAAAAGUGCAUUACAGGAGGAUUCCAGCACAGAAUUACUGGUAUUACUAUUCUCAUACUGAAUCACACUUUAAUCAGUUCCAUUUCCUCACAAGUGGAACUGCUGCUCCAAGUGGACCAGUAACUGUGCAUAUUGUAUUUUGAGUUGCUGCUUCUGGCUCUUUGCUGCUGGAGGAGGGAGAGCAAAGAGAGAGAACGAGUGUGGUGUGACUGUUCCCUCAGCCCAAAAGCAGAGAUUGUGGUCGCCCCAGCUUGUGCCACCAGCCAGCUGUGCGAGCUGCCAGCAUGUGGCAGGGAGUUAACAUGGUAUUAGAAUUAAAAGGAGAUUAAGCCUUUAUCCACAGUUAGGUGGGUACACAAUGUCACAGUACCAAGCCUGGGAGAUUCAGAAACAGAACUCAGAAAGAGCAAGUGGUUACGUAAGGUAUGUGGGAACUUGCAUAUACAAGAGUUUCUCAUCAGCAUAGAAGGGAAGGGAGUUGCACAGUCAAGCAAAAUACCUGCUAUAGUGAUGUAUUUUUACUGGCCAAAAGUGGUUUUAUCUGAAAUGUUCUAAGGUGUUUGUAUGAAGUAAUGUGUUAAUAGACCCUGGUUGCAAACAGUUCCUACAAUUUAUAGAACUUGGUAGCCUUGCAAAUGAAAUUUUCCAUGUGCCGUCCUCUCGGACGUUUCUGGCAUGGUGCUUCUCUACAGCCACUUUCCUUAGAAGUGCUGGGUCGUACUGACAAGGAGCAGUACUAGCCUUGCCUUUCUCCCGUACUGUUGUCAGGUGGAGUACGGUAGGUCAGGGAGAUUUUACCACGCAGAAGAUGCCUUUAUAAAGACCUACAAUUCUAUGCAACUUUCUAUUAACUCAGUAAACACUGAACUGUCUUCCAGCAUUAUGGGUCGCUGCCAGUCUAUUUACAUUUUCUACCUUUAUAUGCACAAGGAUAAACCAGCGCUUAACAAAUCUUAAUCUCCAGUGUGUAUAAGAAACAGUAACACUUUGUAUCACUUUGAAGUACACUUUGUAUAAAAGCUGAACUAAUAAAGGGUCUAUACCAUAAUUAAAA